CAGUCCAGCCGCUGGGGCUGAAGUGCGGCGGCUGGGCUGCGGCGGCUGCAGAGGACUAGCCUCGGAGAGCAUGAACCGCGAGCUGGAGGCGCUGGCGGCCCAGCCCGCGCUCCCGGGGGAGCCUCCCUUUCAAGCGCUGGUGGAGGCGGCGGGCGGACGUGGGCAGGUGUUGCUGGUGGGCGAGCUGUGGGAGCGUGAGCAGAGCCGCGCACUGCUGCGGGACUUCGCCCGGGCCGUGUUCCCGACGGAGCAAGCCGCGGGCAAGCCGGGCAAUGUGGCGGCCCAGGGAGCUGGGCCCGGCGCGCCGGGGGCUCAGUUGACACUGGGGACGGCUAGGGCGCGUGCUAUCCACUCGCCGCUGGUCUUCGUGCUGUGCCGCGAGUCCUCGCUGGCCGCCAGGAAGCCGCGGCGCCGCCUGCGGGAGAUGCUGAGGGAUGUGCGUGACCGGCGGGCGGCCGGCGCGGCGCUGGUCGGGGUGCUGGUGGCCGAGGCCGGGCCGGAGGACGCGGUGGCACCGGUGUUGCGGCGCCUGGAGGCUCUGCUACGCACGGUGUUCGGCAGUCAGGUGGGGGGCCCGGUGCAGGCUGCCGUCUACACCCCCAGCCACCCAGCCUCCAGCCUGGCAGUCCAGGCAGCUGCUAGCAGGGCCCUGCAAGAGGCCGGUCCCGCGCGACCAGCUGAAACCAGGGCAGUUGACGGUCGAAGCCCUUGGUUUGCUGAACGGAAAACCUCUCCGUGGUGUCGAGCACCAUCUGACCUGCGGUCUCGGACACUUUGUGUUCCUUCCAGUGGCAGGAGCCUGGGAGAGACCCGGCCUCCCUGCGCUGCUGGCGUGCUUCUCCUGGGGUCCCUGGAGCCGGAGGAAGGACCCAUAUGCUGCCUCCCCCAGUGGCCCAGCUCAGGGGAACUCCCAGGAACCCGAGGAGGAGCUGGCACUGACAGUCAUACUUCCCAACGGAGACUGCGAGGAUCCCGGAAAGCCGUCGGGGGCCUGCCAUGGAGCUGUCCACACUCCCCCCUCUCCUCCCGAGCCUGCUGGGGACUCAAGAUGAAGGCUGCACCCCUGGGCUGCCCCAGCUCUGACCUGCAGGCUGGAGGCUGGCUCCUCAUCGCUGAGUCCUCAGGCCUGUCCGUGUUGACACUGGGGUGGCCGUCGCUAGGAAGACCCCACCUUUGGGGGACUGCCGCUUGGUCAGAUUCCCAGUAAUGCAGCGGGACUUAGGAAGCAAAGCUGGACCUACGAAAACAGACCAUCUGACAAUUUGCCACCCACGUCAUAUUUGGUCACGCCGGUCCGAGUGAGGUGGCUUCUUCUCUCUCUCUGUGCUGCUGAGAUGGAGGGCGGUCCACUUGGAGGCCCUGUGGUGCUGUGGCGCCCGCGAUUGCAUGCAUGGACAUCCAUCAUUUCAGGUGUGACUGGAAAAAAACCCGGACCAGAAGUCAUCAGACUGAGGGCAGAGGGGCUUGGACUGGUCACUCAACCAGUGGCCAGACUACCCCGCCCAGGCAGCCCUAGGAGUGUGUGUGUGUGUGUGUGUGUGUGUGUGUGUGUUGGUGGGGUCACUGGGACUGUGGCAGGCCCCUGGCAUUUAGCAGGCAUCUCACAUUAUGUGGGACAAACUCCAGCAGCACAGAACUGUUCUGCUCAAAAUGCCCAUCAUGGCAUCUUGGAGAAAUUCUGAAUCAGUCCAUCUCUUCCCCCCGUCAAAUCCUAGGAAGAGUCCCCCAGAGCAGAGAGGGUUGGGCUUCCUGGGACUCCUGAGCAAGCUGGAAUAAAGACCCCACUGCCACCCGGGCGGAGGGGCCAGAGUCGGGCUGCUCGGUGUGCUGAUGGCCUGGAGCAGAAAUAGCCUUACACACCUGUGAGAAGAAAGGGCUCUCUUUCUUCCUCAUGGUGACAGUGACUUUCUGGGCCAAGUCCUGGAGAAUAAGGAUGCUGGGAACUGUCCACAGCACCAAACAGAAGGGAAGGUAGGUUAUGGAUUGACACCAUAGGGCAUAAGGCUUGCUCUCAACCUUAGGUCCUAACCCAAGGUCAAAGCCGACCCAGCCCGAAGGUGCUGAGUGCCUGAAUCCUUCUGUUCUCUGUCUGUGAGUCAGACAAGGUCAGUGAUGUUCCCUUAAAAGCCAGCAAGGCCAUCUGUUCUCUCAGAGGGAAUUCUUCAUUACCCCCUGUCUCUUCCUCACCUGCCUCUGGAGAAAGCCAGUCUUUGGAAUGGCAAGGAUAGCUCUUGACCUUCCCGAGCAGAAAGUGCUAUCCAAGGGAAGCAGCUAAAUGCAUUCAUUCAUGCAUGAUUCAUUCAGCAGCCUGCCCGCUGCCACGUACCCUCCUUGAGCUGUUUCCGCUCUCUCUGUGACGGUGCCAAAAUGGGGAAUGGGAAAACUCCUGUGGCUGGGGGGUGAGGUUAAAGAGGACCCCUUCACGCCCUAUGCCUCCGUUUUUCCUCCACAACCGGGGGCCUGAUCCCUGUCCGAGUGAGGGCAGGCAGGACGCCACCUCGUCUGCGGCGGCUUGGCAGCAUGUGCCAUUUUGGCCUUGCAAAGCCAUCUCACCGGUGGAAGGGCCCAGCUGGCUUCCUUCUGCACAAGAAUGAACGCAAUGAAUUACUGCUGAUUUUGGUUUUAGGGGGACUGGUAUCAUCGAAGCUGCUAUAUAUUUUUUCUAUUUUUCCAUGAAUUUCUUCAUAAUGAUUUGAUUAGAAUUUUAUUAUUUGGUGGGAGGAGGGAGCUUUUCUUAAGUUAGAAAAUUGUCUAAGCCAGAAGUCACAGGGCAGCAGCCUCUCCUGCAUUUAAAAACUUAGGAGUUCGUUGUCGAUAUUGGGAACCUAGGAGAUUGCACGUAAAAAAAAAGCUUGGUUUCUGGGAUAAGGAUGGGGCGUGCCGUCAGCUCCACUUUGCUGUAGUGCCCCCCACACGUGGGCCCCUCUCCCCAUGCCCACCCCCCUCCCACUGCACUUCACUUAGAAAUGACCUCUGCCGGGUCCCGGUCCUGGUGGGCAUUUGAGUGCCAAGCCUCUGGCAUAAAGGGUGGUUUACACAUUUCCCCAUUACCUUCAGUGUUUCCUGUGAAUGGUGGAAGAGAGAAGGUCUUCCUUGAUAAACCUUAAACCUUGAUAAGGUUUAAGUUCUGCCCCCAAUUGAUAGAGAUGGGUCUGAGGUCCAUCCCGGCCCAUCCCGGCUGCCGUGAGACAUGGCCAAAACACUCACAAGGCUCUUUUCUAGAAGGCAGAAGAGUUAAGUGCUGGGAGGGACCUUGGUGGUGGGUCUCCCCUCCAAGGACGAUUACCAGGUCUGAAAGCUGGUGGCGGGCCUGUCCGAGGGCAGACACCCGGGUGAGGUGAGUGGUGCCAGCAGCCGUGGGUGUGGGGCCUCCAGUCAGGUCGUGGCCCCAGGCUCAUGGGCACUAAUCUUUCUAACGUGGCAGUUGUAUUGCAUCUGACUCGGUAAUUCCUUAGGUCUAAUAAAGCCAGGCAGCACUUCGCUGCUGUCUGAGCAAAAACGGAAUGGAUCUUCCCCUUUCUUCCCUGGAGGCGGUCCUCUCGGGAGCCCCCGGGAGCCGGGUGUCUGGACAGAUGGUGGGAACCUCUGAAAUAGUUUGUCCUGAAAGUCCCCCAGUCCUGCCCUGACUGACAUCUCUCCACAACUUUAUUGGCUGGGGUUAGAAAGUAAAUAUAUAGAUUGUUGAAGAGAUAGGAUUUAGCUUGGUGUUUAAUGGGAGGUGUGUGUGGGUGUGUGCACACACUCCUGUUGAACGAGAUAAAGUAGCCCUAACGGGGUCUCAGAGAGCCUUGUAUAAUGUAUGUGCCGCAGUUUCUCUCCUCUCAGCACCAACUGCACUUGUCUUGUCUCUCAGACCAACUGCACAUGGGAGGUUCCUGGGUUGUCAAGCCCAAACCAUGGCUGAGGGGCCCAGGGCUGAAACCCCCAAUUGUGACCUCAACAAACCCCUCCUACCCCAGACAGGGAGCCAGGACCCAGCGUCACUGGGAAAGGUGGGCGACAGCUGCAUUGACUUGGAUUAGCAGGCGGUACUCUGGGCGCAGCAGAACCACGCUGCGGCCUGGCUCCCGGGCCUGGCUCCUGGGCAUGCAGAGGCCUGUGCUUUGUCCUGUUUGGGCAGCAAACACAGCCAGUGCAAUGGAGGAAGCCAGUUGUUCGUACCCAAGAGCAGCAUCACUCCUCCUGACCUGGUUUUGUGUUUUAGUGAAUCAGGCACUGAGGUGGACAUGGAAUUUGGCCUGGACAGCCUGCCCCUAGUACAACCUUGGAGUGGAAGGGAAAUGGCGUACGAAGUAGGGUAAACAGCCAGGGUCCUGUAGGAGUCCCUCAGAUGCCUUUGGCCCCUGAGUCUGCGCACUCUGGUUGCAUUAUGUGUGGGCUGCCUAGUUGGGAGCAGAGACAGAGCCUUCCCCAUGGGACAAUGCCAUGAGUCGCAGGGGCCAGGUGAGCUGGCUCAAGUCCAAACCCAGGCUGGGCACUGGAGCCACUGCGGAUCCAGGUGGGGGGACACCCUGUCUGGCUUCCUCCACGUUGGUCCUCUUUAACAUCACUCCCCAGCCCCAGCCAGGGCGCCUGCUGGACAUGCAGAUCCAGCCUGUUUGUCCCUUGACAGGUGAAACUCAGAGGCCCUCAGGCCACAGUUCAGACUGUGAGUCCUGUGUCAGCCUUGCUGCUGUCCUGCACUGCAGCGUGCUUGGAGGAACUAGGCGCCUGGCUUAGUCCUUGCGACCGAGCCCUCACUUUGAGUCCUGGUGGUAGAAACCGGGGCUCCGUCUUGUCGCCAUGGGCUCCUUCUCUCUUUUACUGGCUACCGAGCUCUUCUCAGAGCAGGUGCUGCCUCGGCUCAUUACCCCAACCACAGACUCCUCUCGGCCCGACCACCUACCACCCCAGGGACACUGCCCGCUCCAGCAGUCCUGGCUGCCGGGACAGCCACUCCCAGUCCCUUGCUCUCUGACGGGAGUGGGUCUCAGCCUCUGUGCCCGGUCUGGUCUGGGCAUGUGCCAGCACCAACGAGAAGGCAGGACAGAGAAGCAGGCCAAGGGCCGGGCCUGAGUGGGAGGUCAGAGGGGACAAGACGUCGGGUGGGUCUAGACCGGCCCUGCCCAGGAGAAAUGUAGCAUCAGGCACCUGUAGCUUUAGAUAUUCCAGUAACCAUGCUGGAAAAACAAAAAAACAGGUGAAAUUAAUUUUAAUAAUAUAUUUAUUUAGCUCAAUAUGUCCAAUAUAAUAUCAUUUCAUCUGUAAAUAUUUUAAAAAUUUAAUGAGACAUUUGUAUCUCAGAAAUCCUGUGAGAAUUUGCACCUACAGCCCAAUUCAGAGAUUCGCUGUUUAUCCAAAAAUACUUGGUAUGUCCUUACAUUUUUGUUAAAUUUACAGCUAAAUUCACAUCCUCAAUUUGUUUCAAACAUACUUAAAAGUUUUCCUGUAGCUUAAUCGGGUAUCAGUCUUUAGCUUGCAAUGAGAUAAAACUAAAUUUAAAAUGAUUUCCUGGGUUGC